AUGCAGCCUAUUAUGCUGGAGCUAUUCUCAUACAAUAGAGCAAUGUUUGGAGGAGUUUUAAUUGGAUCUAGUGUAGCAUUGGUGACUGUCAAAGAUACAUAAUUCUUAAAUAAUUUUGGAAAUUAGUUUGGAGUUAUUAGACUUUCAACAUAAAUUACUUACUCUUUUGAGAAUUGCAAAUUCAUCAAUAAUGGAGCAACAGGAGCAGCUUCUACAAUGAUUUUGAUUGAAACUUAUCCUGGAAUUAUUAAGGACUGUGAGUUUAGGGGAAAUUACAAUUUAGACAAAUAAUCUGGUCUUGGCCUAAUAAACCUAAUUUCGGCAUCCUAGGCUUAGAUAAUUAACAGUAAAUUUAUAGAUAACUAUGCAAAUUACACUCAUCCUGGAAUAUAUAUGACUUUGAGUUCAGUAGUAAUCAUAGAUUGUUUAUUUGAAAAUACAAAAUCACUCCAGCUUUACAACAAAUACUUUAGCUACAAUGGAAACUUCAUUUAAGUUUUAUCAGACUCUAGAAUUGAUAUAAAUAAUACAAUAUUUAGAAACGGAAGAGCGAUUUACUUCUUUAAUAACAAAGCUGGAAAGUCUGGAGAUUGUAUAUAUUCAGAUAACACCUAAGAGGAGAUACUUAUUAAUGAAACGUUUUUCCUUUCAGAAUAUAACUCAAAUUUUCUAUAUCUUAAUUAGAUAGGGAAAUUUCAGAUGAAUGAUACCAUUCUUAGAGGAAACUAAAGUAAGGUUGGAGGAUGUCUGUAUAUGAAUUAGGACUUGCUUGAAAAAGAUUUUACUCCAAAGGCUAUUGAGGGAAAUGAGUAGUUAAUUAUUCUGAAUAGUACAUUCAAAUUUUGCUAAGCUUAAAAAGGAGGAGCAGCCUAUUUUGAGGACGUUCAAGGACUUUUAAUAGGGAAUAAUUCCAAUUUCUUCUAUAAUAGAGCGUUUAAGGAAGAUUCAGCAUUUGGAGGAGCAAUAGAUUUUUAUUGUGGAUCGAUUAGUUGGAAUUAUCUUGAACCAAUAAUGGGUCCGAGAAUAACCCUUACUAGAAACUAUGCCAAUAUCUAUGGAGAUAAUAUUUCAAGUGUGGCUAAAUAUAUGACAAAACUUUCCACAGAAUAAUAUAAUUAACUCAAGAUUAUUCAAAAUGAUGAUUAGAGAAGAAGAUUUCUUUAAGCUAUUUCUUCUGAGUUGAUGAGUGCAACUAAUACAAAUAAGGAUUCUUCUUAGAUAAUACAAAACUAGUAAAGUGGAGGAAAUGUACCUAAUCUAUACUUUGCUCUUAUUGAUAAAUAUGGUUAGAUUGUAUACUCGGAUUAGAAUAGCAAGCUUUAUGUUCAAGUCAAUACUGAGGUAAAGAAAAAUGAAAAUCAAUAAUUUUCAGCAGCUUUUGAAGCCACUACAUAAUAUAAUAUAAUAGAUGGAAUAUUCAAUGUGGAUAAUCUAGUGCUCACAGCAACUCCUAAUACAACAGAUGGAAUCGAUUAUAACCUACCUGAUAAUUAGCAAAUAUAUAGCGAUGCAGUAGAGUUAUAAUAAUAUAAUGUUACAGUGCAAUUAAGAACUUGCCUCGAAGGUGAGGAGUUACUUUCAUCUGGAAAGUGUAGAAGUUGCUAAGGACCAGAUUAUUAUCUACUAAAGAAAACUAGCAAAAUAACUAAUUGUCUUGAGUGUUAAAAGUCUAAAUCAUAUUGUGAUGGAGGAAAUUAAGUUUUUCCAAAAGCAAAUUAUUGGAGAUCAAGCAUGGAUAGUGAUAACUUUAUUUCUUGUAGAAAUCCUAUUGCAUGCUUAGGAAGAAAUGGUAAAGAAAAUAAUUAUCUCGGAUCUUGUAGACAAGGAUAUUAAGGAAUAUUGUGCAUAGAUUGUCAAUUAGGUUUUUCAAGAACAGGUACAACAUAUCUUUGCUCUAAUUGUCCUGAUCCUACAGCAAAUGCUUUUAGAUUAAUUGGAUUGUUAACAGUCAUGAUAAUGUUAAUGUGUUUUAUGGUAAGAUCAACUCUUUAAGGGGCUCUAGCUAAGAAAAACUUUAUAUCAGUUUAUUGGCCUGAAUAACUUUCUGAAUUCUUUAAUUUCGCGAAGCCUGUAUCUGAAUCUUCCACAUAGUUUGUUUCAAUAGAUUGCUUUGUUGAUCUUAGAGAAAAUAAUUAAGAUAAGGGUAAACAAUAAGAAACUUAUGUUAUGCAGUAAUCCACAGAGUAGACUACUUAGAAUUAAAAUAAUGAGGUCAUCAUGAUGAAAGAUGAAGAAAUCGUUGAUAUAUAAAAAAUUGCAAAGACCGAUAAAAAAUUAAGAAAAAAAACACUUAGUGGUCUUGGAAUUCCGAUGUUCGGAUUUUUCAGAUUAUACAGAGGAAGAUUAAAUUUAGACAAAUUUAAGACAAAAUAGACUCUUGGAUUCCUUUACAAUGGCUAUCGCAACCAUUCAUAUUACUGGGAGAUUAUUAUAAUGUAUAGGAAAAUUACUAUAAUAUUUAUUUCUGUAUUCAUGGCUUAAUCUGGGAAAAUUGUUCAGCCAUUUGCCAAUUUCAGAUUAAAUACUUUAGAAUAAAUUUCAUUAGCAAGUAGUGUUUUAACAGUUUAUUGUGGAAUUUUCUACAUAGCAGAUGUAACAUUAACCUCAGAGUCAUAAUUUAAUUUGGGAGAAGAUGCAAAGCUUGCACUAUUUGCCUUGAUAGUAAUUUCAAAUGCAAUUUUCUUUGGCUAUUGGGUAACAUAGUUUCUUCAAGAAAUAAAAACAACUCUUCGAAGCAAAAAUCCAUUGAUUUAUAAAUAUCUCUAUCUUUGUGGUAAUAAUAGGAUACUUGAAAAAGAGAUAAAGAUUUAGAAUCUUGUUGAGAAAUAGCAAGAUUUCAUCAAUGAUAUAGAAAAGAUCAAUGACUAUCUAAUUGAACAAAAGAAAGUUUACUAAAGCGGUCGUAUUCCUUAAGAGGAUAAAGAUUUUAAGAAAGCUAUGAUUGCAUUGUAAUAAUUCUAAAAAGAAACAAUGAAUAAGAGGAAGUUUAAUAAGCAGGAAACAACAAACUUAGAUAAUUAUUCUCAAGUGGUUGCUGUCAGGUCGACCCUAAGAAAUACUGUCAAGUCAUUUCAGCAGUAGUUAACUGAAGAUAAGCUGAUAGAUAUUUAAGAAUUAGAACUCUAUUAGAAUAAUAAAGAGUAAUAAAUAAUGUUAGAAGAUUCAAUGUAUUAAAGUUCAAUUGGUAAUACUCAAGGUGAAGAUGAAUACUAUUAAAUUGAGCAAGAAAUAAGUCAAAUCUAUAAUAAACCAGUCCAUACAUUUGAAAAUUCACAAGCUGAUUUAAAUGAUUGGAGUUAAACAAAUGCCGGCUUUUAGCUUCCAUUUAGUCAAGAGGAACAGAAGAAUCUCAAUUAAAUCUACAGAAAUAAGACAAACAAGGAUAUUAAAGAGAGAUAAACAAAUUUUGAAAAAGCUCAUUUACAUUUCUAACUACCUUUAGAAUAAUCACAACAGAAAGAUUAAAAUUCUAGUAGAUUUUAAUAAAAGCUUAUGCAAUAGCAUCCAUUAACUUUCAGAGUGAAUUUAGCCAGAUUGAAUGAAGCUUCACGAUAGUAUCAAUCUCAAGAAAUUGAUAUGGUAGAUGAUGAUCUUACUCUUACAUCAAGAAGAAAUUUAGAAAAUCCAUAUAGAAAUUAAGGAUAAAAUAAUGAUUCUUUCGGUUUGCCCUAUGAUUCCAAAUUACAACGAAAUGAAGAGGAUGAUUUCUCAUCAGGAUUAGAUCUUUUAGUAUCAAAUUUAUAGACUAAAAGAAUAGAAGAAGACAUUAUCACAUUAUAAAAGUCUAAAGAAACAAUAGGCAAUGCUAAAAAUAGUAGAAUUGUACUACGAAACAAAAAAAAGAAAAGCUAAAAUGCGAUUGAAAAUUUAAACACUGGAACCAUAAAGAAAAAAAGAUUAAGGAAAAAUAACCUGAAUGAAGUACUUGAGAAAUCUUUAACUAAAGAACUAUGA